ACCCUGCCUAAAGUACUUUGGACUUUUGAGAGUUAGCAUGCUGCUAUCUACAACAUGUCCGUAAAAUAGUGAGCAAGGGUUUGAAAGGAGAGUUUUGGGAGUUUUAGUUGGUAAACUUUUCUCUGUCCGAGGAUGUUUUCGUCCGCCUGGAAUUUUGUAAAACGCCACAAAAAGAAAUUUAUUUUCACCGGAGCUGUAGUUGGUGGAGUGUACCUCGUGGGUAAAUAUGCCCAGAAGAAGUUCCGGGAGAUCCAGGAGAGGGAGGCAACGGAGUACAUCGCUCAGGCCAGAAGGCAGUUCCACUUCGAGAGCAACCAGAGGACCUGCAACAUGACUGUGUUGUCGAUGCUGCCUGCGCUCAAAGAAGCCAUCGUCACUCAGCUCAACUCAGAAAGUCUCACCACACUACUCAAGACCAAGCCGGCUAAUAAACUGGAGAUUUGGGAAGAUUUAAAGAUCAUCAGUUUUACACGCACCAUUGUGGCGGUGUACAGCACCUGUAUGCUGGUGGUUUUACUGAGAGUCCAGCUGAACAUCAUUGGAGGAUACCUGUACCUGGAUAACUCCGUGGGAAAGAGCACAACGACUCUCCUCGCUCCCCCAGACGUCCAGCAGCAGUACCUGUCGAGUAUCCAGCACCUGCUGGGAGACGGUUUGACAGAGUUGAUAACAGUAGUGAAGAAGGCAGUACAGAACUCACUGGGGAGCGUGUCUCUGAAGGAGACCUGGUCUCUGCUGGAGUUGGAGCAGCAGCUGAACUGGAUCCGAGCAGAGGUGGAGGCCAGCUCGACGCGCUCUCUGUCCUGGUACCUGCUGGCGGACGACGAGAACGCGCUGGUUGAUCAGGCGUGUGGGCUCACAGAGAAUGACGUCCUGACCAUAAAGCUGCUAAAUGAGACCAGAGACAUGUUGGAUAGUCCAGACUUCAACGUUGUCCUCAAAGCCUGUCUGAACCGCGGUUUCUCUCGUCUCUGUGACAACCUGGCCGAGUUCUUCCGCCCGCCUCCAGGUGACUCCGCCCCCAGCUCUGCACCUGAUAGUCUGUCUGCAGUCAGUCUGCCGCUGGCGAAGAUCAUCCCCAUCAUCAACGGUCAGAUCAACACCAUCUGCAGCGAGACUCCCAGUCACUUUGUUCAGGACCUGCUGAUGAAUGACCAGGUGAAGGAGUUUGCAGCCAACGUCUACGAGAGCUUCAGCACGCCGCAGGAGCUGCAGAAGUAAUCCUCCGGAUUGGAUGAGAUGAGCGGGAGGAGGAGGAGGAGCGCCAGGAGCUGAGAGAAAGAAGAGUGGGAUGAAACCAGAGAUGAUUAAUGUCCCGCACUGUCACUUCCUCCUGAGACACUUUUCCUCCUCGGCAUCUCGCAGACUUCUCACUCCAUGAUUUGUGGCCACGGCAGGACAGCAGGCACGUUCUUGAAUAGCAUCGUGAUGAUUUACCAAACAUGAGGAGGAAGAUGAGACUUCCAUUGAGUUUGUAGUCAAAGCAGGGCCUGCAGCCAACCUUAGGAGCAUUGCUUCUUGGGAACAGGAGUCCCAUUUAACCCAGUAAGGCAGUUUUUGUUCGUUCUGCUAAGAUCAGAAGAGUUUACCUAUUGUAACUUAACUUAAACCAGGUGUUAGAGGCAUGUGUGUAUGAUAGGACUGGUGUGGGCAGACUUUUAAUUCUGAUUGUUGUUAUGCAGUAUUACUAUAGUGGGGAAGAAACCUGAUGCAGGUGGUGUUUUGGAAGUAUUAAACUUCUAUGAAGAGGGUGAUGAAGAUGUCGUAUUACCACAAACAGAUUUAUUUCAAAAUUAAGUAUGUCAACAGUUUUUUGAAGGUUACCGUUUUAUGUUUCAUUUUGGGGCGUCACGUAGUGAUGAAAUGAGAGUUUUAGAGCUCUACGAACUCCACGUGAGGAGGUUUGAUGGGCGCUCGGUCAGGAGACGGCGGUCAGCUUCUGUUUCCGCUCUCGUUUACUGCUUCGGUUUAGGCACUAAAAAUCGCUUUGUUAGGUUCAGGAAAAGAUUUUGGGUUAAAAUACAGCGCUUCACACCAGGAACUGUUUGUGUUGAAUUCUGGUGAGCUGGGAGUGACAGACCAUUGUCUCUUAAUGCUGUAAUCCACCGUAUGAAGCUGCCAAAAGACACCUUGUGUGUAGCUGAGGGACUUAAGCUAGCAUAAAACACCCAAAGUAGUUCUUUAUUCUUGGAGCUGUGAAAUUCCUUGAGUUUUCUUGAAUUUUUCUGGUUUCACUACAAAUCUGUUUGGGAUCUCCUGCAGUUCCUUUUUUGCCCAGAAGGUGUCGCACUUCAACUGUUUCUAUGCUGAUUUCCACCCAUGAAGUUGCUUCCCCUGUUUUUGAGUCAUGCAGUUCUGUAUAGCAUCGGUAGCACAUUCUGGUCUUUGUGAGAAAGCAGCAACAUUUUUGUUGUAAUGGCAACAACAUUUUUCUCAUUAAAGUCAGUUUUAUUUUUGGAAACUUUCUAUUUUCUUUUUGAUGCUCAUUCUUCUACUUGUCUUGUGUUCACUCUCACUCUGCCUACACAUGCUACAUCAGAUUAUUACAGACAUGGUGUGAGUAUUACCGAUGGCUUCGUCAGUCUGUUAGCGUGACGCUUUUCACUGUUACGUCAGAGUUCCUCGCUGGUUUAUUGUACAUACCUGUCACAGUGAUGGGGAGAGCAGCAGUGUAUGCAUUUGCAAUAAAUACACUCAUUGCAUUGUUUGCAUUAUUUCUAGAAAAGUGUAACUACACUUUUGAUUGCUCGGCUCUCUCUGUGGUUGUCACUAAAGGACUGUGUGCUGCUGUGAGCCUGGCCCCGGCAGCGUCCUCUGUUUUCUGUCUUUACUGUACUCUAAACCACAGAAAGGGAAUUGUUCAGAAAUUGUUUAAUGAAGUCCAAGUUUCUUCUGGUUUGGACAUUGUUUAUGAGCAACUCAGAAAGUUGCAUGAGAGAUGAUCACUCUUGCUAUCCGUUACUAUUGCAGCAUGUAUGACGUGUGAUUGCAGUUUUGCAGAGGAGCGUCGACUGUUUGCUUUUAGAGAUGACGCCGACACCCUCGGAAGCUGUCGGGUUAGGGGAAAGGCGUGCACGCAUGAAGGAGGCUUUAAAAGGAGCCCGCAGAGCGGAUCAUCACACCUUAUCAGCUGAUCAUCACACCUGAUCAGCUGAUCGUGUGUGUGGGUAGAACAUUAAGAAGUGCAGCACUUGGAGCCCCAAAGAGCCGCUAAUUUAUCUAAGGGGCCGAGGUCACUCAAGGUCGGAGGUGUUUGUUUUAAUCUUUAUCAAAACGCCCAGUUUCAAGAGUGCUCGCUGAUAAGUCAGUGCCAGGUUUCAGUUUUAUCAUAUGACAUUUCUAAUUAUGUCUCAUACGGCUUUCAUUACUUCUUCCACCCAUGUGAAAUCACUCAAAGACUGCACAAAAGGUCAAAAUCUAAACUCUAAUCCUAAAAAUAUGAAUUUAAGCAGAGUUCUGGCACAUUCGUGCAGCUGCGGCGGGAAAGGCGCCGAGUCUUUCUCACUUUCAUGUACUUGUUUAUUUUUUAGGGCAGAUUUUUCAGUUGGUUUUCUUCUGAGAAGAUGAGAAAACGUGUGUGUGUCUGUGUGUGUGUCUGUGUGGGGGGUUCUGACUGACUUAGUUCCUGGUUCCUGAGUUACAUAAUAAACACAGCAGGGGGAGAAUGUAAAAUUCUGGUGUUAUGCCUUUUUGAAGCAUAAUGUCCUGAAUGACCGCUGAAAUGUAAAUUUGUAUCAAUUUAUUAAAGCGAUGAUACAUGUAA